UGUACUUUCAUUCAUGCUGUGAGAUAGCCACUUUCUCCAGGAGAAGAAAGAUCCGAAGAAGUCCCUGCUAGCUUUGGUUCUAAAUAGUAGUACUUUGUUGCUCUUUAGCUCUGUUUCUAUGCUUUGUUCCUUUUGUGUUGUGCUAUGGACGAUGCAAAUUGCAAAGUUUGACUUCUAAAUUUCUAAUAUCAAUAUCCGCAUUUAGUACUGAGCUCAGCUCAUCUGUGUAGUUGCUAGUUAUAUUAGUGUUUAGUACAUGUUAUUGAUGUGAUCCUUUAUGCUUUUACAUGUUAUUGAUGCUUGGACUUAGGCUUAAAUAUUUUAUUCCAAGUUCACCUACAAGAGGCUAGAAAGGAUGUAGUACUAUUGUGCAGAAGAUGAUGGAGUGGCCAAAUUUCAUGCUUGUAUCAUCAUGUUUUAUGCACUUCCUGUCAAAAUUGUGAGAUUCUUCAGAGAAUGAAACCUUCACACCAGCCAUUAGCUAUUUGCCGGAUGGAUGAGACUGUACAUUGUCAUGGUUUGCUUGUUUGUUGUUUACAAACUUGCACGCUGUUGAAUUGUUGAAGUAGUGAGCUGAAUAUUGGCGAUCAUGGUUAACCUUGUAGAGGAUCUUAAGCAAUGCUAUCGUAUAAGAAAUAUAAUUUGAGUGUCUUUUUUUUUUAUUCUGGCCAUUUUUUAUGAUUGCAUGCAUAAUUGUUUCAGCAUGGGCAUGGCGCCUCUGCUAUCUUAUCUAAAUCUACUCCUGACAUAUACGCAAGAACAUCUUGUUCUCUGUUCUGAAACUUCUAAAGCUCACCGUUACCAGUAUCCGUCUGUUCUGAAGCUGGCAAUGCUUUACUCUGUACAUUUGUUGUAUCAAGGUAUCCUGUUGCCCACUCUGAUGAAUGCUUGGUUAGUUCUAUCGUUGCCUUGGCACUCAAUGGCUAGAAAGUUUUGAUGGCCCAAUUGGUUCUCGAAUCCAAAUAUUGUAUUUCGCAGAUGAUCAAUACCUUUUUUUUAACAAGGGAAACUAUACCCGGUUUAAGGUAAAUGUAGACUAUGCUCAUCAGAAUUUGUCUCAGAACUACAUUGCCAGUUUGUGUUGUUCCCUUUAGGAAGGUGCUUAAUUUUGCUCUCAAGGUGACAUCCUUUCCUACGUAAAAUGACAGCUAUGAAACACCAGACAGAAAAAUUCAUGUCUUGGUUUGUUUGAUUUGUUCGCACCUCUUGUUUUCAAACUAUCCACCGUAUAUCAGGAGGGAGACGAGUUCUUUUCGAAAAUUUCGUUUGGAUUAGCGUCCGUCCAGCGCGGUCAUCAACUAGCGGACUCUACUAAUUCAUUUUACUGAACCAAAACGUAUCUGUAUUUUCUACCGCUCAUUUACACAGCAGAGGAGAAGAUAUGGCCCCGUUGCGCUGACAACCUAGGCCAUCCUGGAUACGAGUAAAUUUUCCUUUGGAUUAGCAUCCAGCGCGAUCAUCAACUGGCGUCCUCUACUAAUUCAUUUCGCUGAACCAAAACCUAUCGGAAAGAUCUUCUAACAUAACUGCACGUAUAACAUAAUCCUAGGAACCGCGUCCAAAUCUAUCAAUAUUUUCUCCCUUUUUUUAAGGAGUGUCUUUAUUUUCUCCUACUCAUUUACACAUAGGAGAAGAGAAGAUAUGGCCCAUUGGACUGACAUCCUCGGCCAUUCUGGAUACGAGUAAAUGCAUGCUAUUUUUUGCAAACAUAUGCUCGUUUUCUCGCUGAUUUGAUGGUGUCACACACAACCUCUGCUUUGGCCUCAUGCGGAGCAAGAGCCCGCCGUUUUUUUGGGAGGAGUGAGAGCCCGCCGUUUUGCCCUCCGAAACGUGCACCAUGCGCUCACCCUCCUCGCGUCUAUAAACUCCAGAACCACACCGCAGGCAUCGGUCGCAUUCGCACUCGCGCCGCGGCAAAGAGGUAAGAAGAGCCCUCGCUUUCGAGCAGCCACCGAAUCCGUCGCGAGCCGAGUGAGAUGGAGGGCAAGAAGCCGGCCGCCGCCGACGUGACGAUCGCGGUGGUCCUGCGGCCCGCCUGCUCCUCCUCGUCGUCGUCCGCGCCGGCGCUGCCGAGGCAGACGUGGUCCGCCUUGCAGGUGGUUCAGGGGAUCGUCUACGGCGCGCCGGUCCUCCCGGUUCUUGAAAACGGGUGUCCAGCCGGCGCCGGGGAGAUGCUGCGGCUGGUGGCCGAGGGGAACGUCCACGGCGUGGUGGUGGGGACGACGAACAGCCACCUGCGCUCCUCCGGCCGGAUCCCGAUGAUAUGCCCGGGUGGCUUCAUCGACCUCAACGCCAUGGCGCCGGACGUCGGCGAGCCCCAGGCCGAGCGCCUCCCUGUGAUCUGCGCCUACUGCAACUGCGCGUUCUGCUUCGGUGAGUACGAGGUCAGCAUUCUCAGCCCUCCCCCGGGGUACAUCUACCCGAAGCCCCCCGUGCCGGUCACCGCUGACCUUCUCACGCCGCCGCCGGUGGGGGCCCUGUACGUCGACGGCGGCCUCCUGGCACCCGGGACCACGCCGGUGCCCCUGGUGGUCUGCUCCGACCUGCACCACUUCAUGGUCGCCAUGGGCAUGCUGAAACUGCCGCGCGGCGCGCCAUCUCUGGUGUGGAGGCGUCCCACGACGCUGGGUGUUCUGCCAAUAUCUGUGGGUGCCACUGGUGGUAGCCUGCAGCACGAGGAGCCUGCACCGGGGGGCAGCUCGUCUGUGCCGCGUGCUCCGGCGCCUCCUCCGAACGAGUCGAGCUGCGCUGGUGCUCGCUGGAAAUUUGUGAUGCCCGGGCACGAGGACAUGGUCCGCCUCACCUUGGCCCGGAGGAGUUACCUGGAUCUGGAUCUCAAUCUCUAG